AUGUCCUUGAAACGGUUUCACGUGACACUGACGACACUAGUGCUAUGGACGUGUUUAGGUACCAGCGUGGGCUGGCCGUUUCUGGAGCGCACUACCGUUUUAACGCCUAGGAAAUUUUUAAAAUCUAGCGUGGUCCAGUCGAUGGCGGUGGUCCCGAAGCAUCACGAUGCGAAGAACGGGAUACGUUCGACUGGGAUCAACAGUUCGCCAGCCUCGAUAGGCGUAAACUUCUAUCGAUUGCCUCCUUCGCCGGCUAAUUUAUUGAAACCCGAUGGAUUCCAAUUCUACACGUACAACGAGAGAGGCGAGAUGAUUACGAAACAGAUGACCAUGCAAGAGAUACAAGCUCUGAUCGCGGCCGGAGGACCGGAUCACUCUAACAUAGGGAUUCAAGAGCCCCAGAAGGCUGAAGAUAUCCUUACUGGUGGAAAGAAGGUAAUGGACGUUGUUGAGAAGGUGCAAAGCGUCCUGAAGAGCGCAAUGGACAAACCAUCGACGUUGACGGGCUCCAUCCCGAAUUCUGUACCUGACAAGGUGAACGUCGAGUGGAGCAACAUUUUGCCCGCCAUUUUGGCAGGCGACAAGUACGGGGACAAGAUGGACGAGCCUCAUCGCGUCGAAGAAGCCACGACGACCGUCCGGAGUCCCCCCUCAGACUUAUCGAGACUGAAUACCACGGUCGUCUCGUCGCUGGAGCAACCUGGCGACUCCGUAUCCGUGGAGCAAAAGGAAGAACCGAUUAGCCAGCGAAACAAAACGCAAGAGCCUCUUUUAACGACCACUUCGGAGUCCCCAACGGCUUCGUACACGGAGAAGUUGAUGAUACCGGUGCCAGUUAUCACGGCGGAGCAAAAACCCCAAACCAUGUACUACACCACUCAGAGCAGUCUCGUUUUCCAGAAGAUAACCGAAAUGGUGCCUCUGGAGAAUGCGUUCGCGGAGAGUCAGGAUCGCGAUAAGAUUCCCGUGUCUAUGACCACCUACGAAUCAACGACGUCCAACGCUCCUCCAUCCUCAUUCUCGCCCACAAAUGACAAUUACGAUAGCACGCAGGUUGCUAGCACAACGUCUGAUUCGAAGGUCUCGGUCACUGAAGAAAUCGUUCAUCCGUCGACCACGGAAACAAAGAUAAAGCCAACCAGCACUUGGACCAACGAGGAUUUGGAAACUGAUCUUACGACCAAACCGGUAUCGGUUACCGAGUCUGAGACAGUCGAGACGUCGGUCAACGAAUCAUUCACAACAAUGUUUGUCUCCAGCACGGAGAAGCCCUCCACGCGCUUGCAAACAGAGUCGUCGAUCGCGUACGAUGCGGUAACGAAGUCCAGCGAAUUGGAGUUCACGCAGCCUUUGAAACCGUUAUCCGCGGAGUUGGAGAACUCUCUGUCGAGCAUGAUCAAUCAGAUCUCGGAGGGACCCGCCUCUUCCGUUUUGACCAUGUCAGGCGACCUGGAACCGCCUCGUCAGAUCAUGAAGGAGGAAAGCAAGAACAGUUCAGAGGCAAGUACGACCACUAUGGCAACGAUGAUCGAUACGACGGUGAGAUUGUCCACGAUGGUGGAGGAAAGACCUCCAGUCAACGUGGAGAAUACGACGUUCAAAGAACCCCUUCAAGAAUCCACCGUUGGUACAACGAUGAGACUCCAAGUCGAGGAUGAAAUUCUUCCCACGGUUGCUCCAGUUUUCCUUGUAGCUUCGACGAGUUCGACGCCCCUCGAAGAAACGACGAGCUACGUCGAUGUUUCAACGAAUAGUCAGGACACGGUAAACGCGACGGAAAUGAUCGACUCAAGUCCUUCUACCUCUAUCUCGGAAACUACGGAUAAAGUAACGAUGUCCAGUCCCCUCGAGUCGUCAGAAACGAACCUCACAAUCGCGAGUUCUAAUUCCACCAUGAUGAUGUCGGACGCCGGGCAACAGACUAGCGUCGAAUCGGUGGCGAUCGUCGAAGAUAUACUUCGAACUGUCUCCACCGAGGCGAACGUUCCCGUCACGGAGGCGAUCGUUUUACCAAACAUUUCGCUGGAGAACCUUCCGACCAAAACUCUGGCGAGCGCGCUCAUUGCUGGUUUCGGAACCACCGUCUCGAAUGCAACGGAAAACACGACUCCGUUGCCAGAGAAGGUUGCAUCCAUAGACGUAACUCCGUGCUCGAAAUCGACUACUUCGCUGGUGCUCGAGACGCAAACCGCGACAUCUGUUUUACCAAUCGUCGACGCGGUGGAGACAGAUGCAACGAACGAGACUGUGUUGGAAGCGUCUGAACAGAAGGUGCAAAAUGAAACGAUAGCGUUGGAAACGACUGAACGAACCGUGUCCGUUACGAGCGUAGAAUAUCCUCAAACGAAAGUAGAACCGUCGACCGUGUCGAAAAGCACGACUUCGAUGCCAACGACCGACUCGUACGUCAUGGACGCCACCUCGCGGAUCGUUACGGAUCGAGACGAAGCUCCGUCGAGCUCCGUUUACGAGACGACGACGAUAAAAUUAUUGAGCAUCGAAAACUCAACGAACGUUGUCGAAGUCUCCGGCGUUACGGUGGAGAACCAACAGAAUGUAUCUAGCACAGAGAUGGCGGAAGUGGUCUCGCGGCCGGACAGAAUUCCCUUGGAAGCGUUGAAGAAAGACGACACAACUUCGGUGACGCAAUCCGAGGAGAAUCUCGUUGGAACGCCAUCGACGGAGAACGCGAACGAAACCGUCGUACGCGACACGACUGUUGGUCACGACAAACCGUCGAACGUUCAGAAUUUGACAGACAUCGAGAAACCGUUGGAUCUCGUUCAUGUCGGAACCUCGAACCCAAUGGACGCAGGUACAACGGAAGUUCCGGCGAAAGAGAAGUCGGAACUCGAGAGAAAGGAGACGAUCCAAAGUUCGAAGAUCGACGCGACAACCGUGGGUUCCGUGGAGGAGGAAUCAGCGACCAACGCGAAGGAAUCGAUCGCGACGACGACCAACUUACCGGCCGUCGAUAUAAAAGAGUCGAACGGAAACGCGAGCUUCGACGAGCCCGAAAAGAACGAGACCAAAAGACCGGCGGAGUCCCAGGAGAGCACGACGACGAAACCCGAGCACCCGACGCCUCAUCAUACGCUUGGACAUUCGAAACCAUCUAGCUCGAGCAAGCUGAACGCCACUGACGUCGACGCGGACGACAAAUGGCAACGGAUACCUCAACACCAGACGGCUUCGUGGUCGACGACGACCAAGAAGCCGACAGUAGCAUCGGAAUCGACGACGGGAACGCGUUUGCAAACGACGCCGACCACCCCGUCGAGCGAGGCCGAUGCGACGGUGUCGUUGAACGCCUCUAAGAGCACCAAUGGACUGGACACCAGCACGAGAAACGCGAGCAUGGACAUAGUGAAUUUCUCCAGGCUGUGCAACGAGCUGGCGUUUAAAUUUUGGAUAUCGGCGAACAAGGGACUGAGCACCGGGAGAUCUCUAGCUCUCUCUCCGUUUGGUAUGAUCAGCAUGCUGGCGAUGAUAUUCUUGGGCGCGCGGGGGUCCACGUCGGAACAGAUGAACGAAGUCCUAGGGUUGGACAACGUGGCCACCUUCAAUCCACAUCUGAUCUUCCAGAACGUGACGGACGCUGUGAGCCUGGCGAGGCAUCAGGGCAUCGCGAACGCGGCGUUCGUACGCGAGCUGUUCGCCGACAAGGUUAAGGUUAGGAAACUGUUGCCGUUCUACAAAGAACAGGCGCAGCAGUUUUACGAAGGCUUGGUGGCCGAGAUGAAUUUCGCCACCAUCAGCGACCUCGCGCGACGUCGAACCAAUCUGCUGAUCAGAAAGCAGACCGGAGGCAGGAUAAAGGAUUUCGUGAAGAGCAACGCGGUUCCGUUGAGGUCGCCGCUGGCCGCCAUUUCGGCGAACGUGUUCCAAACGGACUGCAACACCAGCGUGGCCAGCACCACUGGUCGCGACGGGGAGCUGUACUUCGCGGUUUCGUCCGCCCAUCGAUUGAGAAAAUUGAUCCCGGUCCCGGCUACCGUUUGGCGAUCGAACGUGCUUGCAGGUUAUGAACCUAGUUUGGACGCCACCGCCGUGGCUCUCGGUGGCGCUGAUAAGCUCGUUUCGACGAUAUUCUUGCUGCCCGGACAACAAGGCCACGUUGCACCAGGCGACACGUUGGAUCGUCUCGAGCAAAGGCUCGUUAAAGAUGCGUUCCGUGAUGGCACCUGGAACAAACUUCUCAAGGUUCUUAUACCCAGGCCCGGUCUCGAACUGCAGAUACCGAAGUUCAGUCAUCGGUCGGUAGUCAACGCCACCGCCGCCUUGAAACGAAUGGGUCUCGAUCGGUUAUUCUCCAGCGACGCCGAUUUCAAAGGUAUCAACGGAGGAAUCGGGAAUCGACUGUUUCUAUCAGAUGUUUUACAGAUGAAUCUGUUCAGCACGUGCGGCGAUGAAAACGUGGGUAAUGGACGACACCACGUGGAAAUUUAUCCAGCUAGUCCCUCAUUGCGAAAUUCUCGAAACGAAGAGAAAUUAGAGGGCGAUUCGAUGCCCGAUGUUCCGUCAAAGAAUUAUCGCACUGUUCCAACGAGGGGGUCGAUAAGAAACACCGAGAGAUCGGAAGACAAACCCAGACUGAAAUUGGACCAACCGUUCCUCUAUUUCGUACGACACAACCCGACUGGCCUUAUACUUCACAUGGGCCGCUUCAAUCCUAGAUUGUUGUAAAUUCCUCGAUGAAGAAUCAUUCGUUUCAUUUUUAUCUAUUUAAUUUCAUAUCUUAUUCGCGUACAAUCGAGUCGAUUAAUAUUUUUGCCAUUGUUUCCAUUCGCGUUGUGCUUCCUCUGCGCUCUGAAACGGAGCAGCGUAACGCGAUUAUCUGUUAAGUUAUUAUCGAUAAUAUUUGUACGCGAAUACGUUUACAUUAGAAACACGCUUCUGCCAUAUUAAUUGUGCUUUAGUAUCGGCAGAAUCGGUACGAACGAUCGCCGAGGCUGCUCCCUGAACGGUGACUCGACGAUCGUUUUAAGGGACAACGCGAGAUUAGCUUAAUUAAUGUGUUUUUAUUAAAAAAAAAAAAAUGACAAAAGAGAUAUAUGUAUACUUCGGAAUAUUUUCGAAUAAAUGAUUUACACAGAAGA